AUGCCAGACGCAUACUCAUGCAGCAACUCUACCGCAACGGAAGAGGCGUCGGCUGUGCCCAAACGGCGCAAGGUUCGCAAAGGUACCCAAAGUUGCUGGGAAUGCAAGCGGCGCAAGAUCCGAUGCACUUUUGCGACGCCUACAGAGACAAUUUGCGAUGGAUGUCGGAGUCGGCGCACAAAAUGCAUCAGCCAAAAGUUUCAUGAUGAGGCAGCCCAAGCCACUAGAAAGGUGGAUAGGCUUAGCCGUAUGGAAUCUCUGGUUGAAGAAUUGGUCAACCGAAGUAGUGUCCAUACGCCGGGCUUGCUGCACCAAGUUCGACCGGAUCAAAAUGAGAACAUACAGUCAGGAGAAGCCGUCGGUCCAUGUGACACCGAUUACGAGCCUCCUCCUUCGACAAUACCUGGUCGUAUUCCCGACAUAAAUAGCCUACUAACCAGCAAUUUUGAUGACAUAUCCAGUGCCCUCCUAUGUAUUCCUUCAUGCUCUGCCAGCGACCUCCUUGGUCAGAGUUUGGACUACCGCGCUAUGAUGUCUCGCGUUUUCGAUACUGCUACUAGGCUCGUGACAAGCGAUGAUGAUCUUGUCCACUCACUCGAGGGCAUCGAGUGCAUUAUGAUCGAGAGCAUGUACUUCAACAAUGCUGGGAAUCUGCGUCGCGCCUGGCUAGCAAACCGUAGGGCUAUGGUGAUAGCACAGAUGAUGAGGCUUCAUACAGGCACCAGCUCGCCGGUGAUUCUCGAGAACGAAACACGGAAUCGUAUUGAUCCUGAUUGCAUGUGGUUCCGCUUAGUUCUGUCAGAUCGUUAUCUGUCAUUAAUGCUAGGCCUUCCACAAGGUUCAUUCGAAAACGUCUUUGCUAGUCCAGAGGCAAUAGACUGCUGCAUGGCUGUGGAGCGCCUGGAACGUAUGGUGGCCGUUGCUGCCGGUCUCAUUAUCCAGCGCAACGGUACUGAACGGACUGACCUUGCAGCAACGUACAAAAUUGACAAGAUGCUGCAGGAAGCUGCAGCUUCUAUGCCGUCACAGUGGUGGUUGAUGGCCCCUGAUCUUACUGCAUGCUCCGGAAACCAUGCAAAGGCAUUGGAGGAAUCGAUACGCCUCAUGAAUCAAUUCGCAUAUCAUCACCUUCUGGUCCAGUUACAUCUGCCGUACAUGAUGCUCCCAUCGUCUCUUCACCCAAGUUACGAUUACACUAAGAUGACUGCCGCGAACGCUAGUCGCACAAUCAUUGCACAAUUCGUUUCUUUUCGUAACUUCGGUUUAGCUACUGCGUAUUGCCGUGGUAUCGACUUCGUUGCCUUUAUUGCAAGCACAACUUUGUGUCUCGCGCAUAUUCAGGCUCGCCACCAGCACGAAUCAGAAGAAAACGAACGAUUCACUGGCUUUCAAUCAAUCCAACAUCAACGGGUGAGCGAUCGCGCACUACUCGAACAGACACUCGAGAUCAUGGAAAAAAUGGCGCAAAGUCGUGAUGUCGUUGCACAGAAGAUCUCAAACAUCAUUCGUCCACUCCUCGCUAUUGAGAAUAAUUCCUUCAGGGGUGACUGUUACCAUAUAUGCGCUUCUGCAGGGGCCUCUAGACAUGAUUCUCAAUGUCUCGGAAAUACGAGUGAAGCUUUCCGUGUGCUCUGUAUACAAAUCCCGUACUUCGGGACAAUUCAAGUCGAAAGUCGUCCUAAACUUCCUAACACUUCCAAUUCGGACCACAUACUCUCUGAUGAACAGCCUUUGGAUUCUGUAUCAUCAGUAAUUGAUACCAACUUUAUUGUUCUUCGUGACCCAUUAGUCUCUUCACUCAAUUGA